GGGAAAUAAACCUCUUUGGCUGGAGUAGGGUCCGGGUGAGCAGAUUUCCUUAUCCGGGAAUCGCAGGCGGGGCGGCCAUUGGCUCCAAAGAUCACGUGGGCCCCUAACUUUGUUCACUUGACAGUAAGUAGGAGGGCUUUCGGAAACAGGAAAACGAGUCAGGGGUCGGAAUAAAUUUUAGUAUAUUUUGUGGGCAAUUCCCAGAAAUUAAUGGCUAUGAGUUCUUUUUUGAUCAACUCAAACUAUGUCGACCCCAAGUUCCCUCCGUGCGAGGAAUAUUCACAGAGCGAUUACCUACCCAGCGACCACUCGCCGGGGUACUACGCUGGCGGCCAGAGGCGAGAGAGCAGCUUCCAGCCGGAGGCGGGUUUCGGGCGGCGCGCGGCGUGCACCGUGCAGCGUUACGCGGCCUGUCGGGACCCUGGGCCCCCGCCGCAUCCGCCACCGCCCCCGCCGCCCCCGCCACCGCCCGGCCUGUCCCCUCGGGCUCCUGCACCGCCGCCCUCCGGGGCCCUCCUCCCAGAGCCCGGCCAGCGCUGCGAGGCGGUCAGCAGCAGCCCCCCGCCGCCUCCCUGCGCUCAGAACCCCCUGCACCCCAGCCCGUCCCACUCCGCGUGCAAAGAACCCGUCGUCUACCCCUGGAUGCGCAAAGUUCACGUGAGCACGGUAAACCCCAAUUACGCCGGCGGGGAGCCCAAGCGCUCUCGGACCGCCUACACUCGCCAGCAGGUCUUGGAGCUGGAGAAGGAAUUUCACUACAACCGCUACCUGACGCGGCGCCGGAGGGUGGAGAUCGCCCACGCGCUCUGCCUUUCUGAGCGCCAGAUCAAGAUUUGGUUCCAGAACCGGCGCAUGAAGUGGAAAAAAGACCACAAGUUGCCCAACACCAAGAUCCGCUCGGGUGGCACCUCAGGCCCAGCCGGAGGGCCCCCUGGCCGGCCCAACGGAGGCCCCCCUGCGCUCUAGUGCCCCCCGCAUGGGAGCCGCGAACCUCGGGGCGGGGGUGGGUUCCGUGCGCGGGGAGGGGGUUUGUGGGGAGAUGCGGGAGGGGACCCUAGGGCCUGGGCCCGGAAAAGCCUACCUGCCCUCCCCCCACUUUGUCUAUUUACACGAAUAAAUGCAGAGGAGGGGGGAGGGGAAGCUUUAUUUAUAGAAAUGACAAUAGGGAGCCGGACAAGGCCCCCCAGAAGCAAGGUUCAAGUCUCUGGCUUUCUUCCUUAAAAAAAAAAAAAGAAGAAGAAGAAGGAAGAAAGAAAAAGAAAGAGAAAUAGGAGGAGGCUGCACUCCUCGUUUUCAGCUUUGGCGAAGAUGGAUCCACGUUUCAUCUUUAAUCACGCCAGGCCCAGGCCCAUCUGUCUUGUUUACUCUGCCGAGGAGAGGACGGGCCUCGGUGGCGACCAUUACCUCGACACCCGGCUAACAAAUGAGGCCCGGCUCGGCCGCCACCGCCUCCGCUGCUGCCGCCGCUGCUGGAAGACAGCCUGGAUUUUCUUUCUUUGUCCCCCAUUCCUGACACCCAGCGAAAGCACCCUCUGACUGCCAGAUAGCGCAGUGUUUUGGCCACGGUAACACACGCACACAACCUCCCUCCCACUCCGUGCCCUCUCAGGGGGACGCUGACCGCUCACCCCUUGCACGCGGGGCUGGGGAAGGGGCAGCAGGAAGGGGGCAAGCUGAGGCGGGGGGCGGCCUUGGCUUCGCAGGAGCAGGGCAGGGCAGGGCAACUGAGUCUGAGAGAAAGAAAGAGAGAGACCUAGAGAACAAGGGGGCCUUCCUCUGGAAGGUCAAGCCAUUCCUGGCGGGCUGACGGGGCAGUUGAGUUCUGGGAGCUGGGCACAACCCUCUUGCCAGUCUGGAGUUGUACAGGGGAGGAGGCCUUUUCUCCUAGACAGGAAAUGAAUGUGAAACUAGGAAAUAAAAUGUGCUCUUCCCAUCUGGGAGAUGAUGUUACAGAGACCUCUCCCAUAGUUUAUCGUUGUUGCAUUGAUGAUUAUUAUUAUUAUUAUUAUAUUAUUAUUAAUUAUUAUUAUUAUUAUUUUAUGUGAUGUGCUUCCUCUCUCCUAUUCUUUCUGACAUUCCAAACCAGGCCCCUUCCUAGUUCUGGGGCCAUGUGAGUCUAGAACCCUUCGUUGGUGUGAAAAUGUGUGUCCUGUACAGAGUGACAAUAGAAAUAAAUGUUUGGUUUCUUGUGAC